AUCAUCUGUGUGUUGCUGCACUGCCAUCUCGCCAGGAAGAAAUAUCUGACUCCUCCCUGAAUCGCAGGAACAAAGGGUCUCUCUCUUGUUCUUUGAUGCACCCUGAACCCAAUUUCGAACACUGCCAAACUUCAUCUAAUCCUAAUUCCUAAAUGAACUUGCGAACUCUCUCUCUCUCUCUCUGUAUAACUCAAGUAUCUACAUUUUUUAAGUAUUCAUCUGUAAUUCGUUUCCUGAAACUAGGCCGCAUGGAUUGAGGAAGAAGGAUGGCGGGCACGGGCGUUUUGGCCUUUUCAGCACCACCUUCAAUACACGGAGACGUUGUCUCUAAGGUACGCACAAGUGGCAGAGACUCCACUGUUUCUUCCUCUGUAGAUUGCGCCCCGUCUUCUUCUGCUACCACUUCUGAAAAUGUAGAAACCCAUAAAUUUAGUUACAGUAGAGCUUCACCAUCUGUGAGAUGGCCCCACCUGAAGCUCACCGAGACCCGCCCACCGCCGCAAACCCAGUUCACUGUGGCUUCUCCUCCUCCGACGUGGGUCGUCGGAGACGCCGUUUUCCCUGCGAAUACGCCGGAUUCCGAGGGUUUGGAGGAGACCCAGAUGGGGGGUUUUGCUGAGGCUUUGGACAUGAAUGGUGAAUCAGUAGAAGUGUUGAGCAGGCCUAGCAGGACUAAAAUGAAAAUGAGGAAAUUGACACUGAUAAGGGACAAGAAUUGGAGACAGAGGGUUCAGAUUUUGACGGAUAGGAUUUUAGGGUUGAAAUCUGAUGAGUUUGUGGCUGAUGUGUUGGACAAGAGGAUUGUGCAAAUGACGCCCACUGAUUUUUGCUUUGUGGUGAAAUGGGUUGGGCAGACAAGCUGGCAACGGGCAUUGGAAGUGUAUGAAUGGCUGAAUCUUCGGCAUUGGUACUCUCCCAAUGCCCGAAUGCUUGCAAUGAUCUUGUCCGUGCUCGGCAAGGCCAAUCAGGAGGCCUUAGCUGUUGAAAUCUUUGCUAGAGCCGAGCCAGCAAUUGGUAACACUGUGCAAGUGUACAAUGCUAUGAUGGGUGUUUAUGCCCGGAAUGGUCGGUUCGGUAAGGUGCAAGAACUGCUCGACGUAAUGCACAAAAGAGGUUGCGAACCGAAUCUAGUGAGUUUCAAUACCUUGAUUAAUGCCCGAGUGAAAUCAGGUUCAUUGAUACCAAAUUUGGCAUUUGAACUUCUCAAUGAAGUGAGAAGGUCGGGGCUUAAGCCCGACGUAAUAACUUACAACACUCUUAUUAGUGCUUGCUCCCGUCAGUCUGAUUUGGAGGCGGCUGUAAAGGUUUAUGCUGAUAUGGAGGCUCAUAAUUGCCAGCCUGAUCUGUGGACUUACAAUGCCAUGAUAUCAGUUUGCGGGAGAUGUGGGUUCGCUAGCAAGGGAGAGCGGCUUUUUAAGAAAUUGGAGUCUAGAGGUUUUACUCCUGAUGCAGUGACAUACAAUUCUCUGCUGUAUGCUUUUGCUAGAGAAGGGAAUGUAAAGAAGGUAGAAGAAAUCUGUGAGGAGAUGGUGAAAAUGGGGUUUGGUAAAGAUGAGAUGACUUAUAACACAAUCAUCCACAUGUAUGGGAAGCAAGGACGGCAUGAUUUGGCAUUACAACUUUAUAACGAAAUGAAAUUAUCAGGCCGAAAUCCUGAUGCUGUCACGUUUACUGUUUUGAUUGAUUCACUUGGGAAAGCGAGCAAGAUAACAGAGGCUGCAAAUGUGAUGUCAGAGAUGUUGGACAUUGGAGUUAAACCUACCUUGCGCACCUUCAGUGCUUUAAUUUCUGGGUAUGCCAAAGCGGGGAAGAGAGUGGAAGCUGAAGAUACGUUUCAUUGCAUGCUGAGGUCGGGGAUCAAACCUGAUCAACUGGCAUAUUCAGUCAUGCUGGAUAUUUUUUUGAGGUUUACCGAGACAAAGAAGGCGAUGGUCUUGUAUCAUGGUAUGGUUCAUGAUGGUUUCACACCAGAUCCUGCCUUGUAUGAGGACUUGCUUCGAGUUCUUGUGAGAGAAAACAAACAGGAAGAGGUUGUAAAAAUUGUUGAAGACAUGAGGCAAUUAUGCAAUAUAAACCCCCAAAUUAUUUCUUCUAUUCUUGUAAAGUGUAAUUGUUAUGACCAAGCUGCUAACAUGUUGAGGUUGGCUAUCAGUCAGGGGCUUAAACUAGACCGUGAAAACUUAUUAUCUAUCUUGAGUUCAUACAGUUCAUCUGGUAGGCACUCUGAAGCACUUAAUUUGCUUGAUUUUUUGAGAAAACAUCCUCCUGGAUCCCAUCAACUGUUAACUGAAGCCCUUGUUAUCACACUUUGCAAGAGUCACCAGUUGGAUGCUGCUUUAGAAGAGUAUCAGGCAUCUAGAGGAUUUGGUUUGUUUACUGAAAGUUUUACUAUGUUCGAGUCCCUGAUUCAAUGCUGUGAAGAAAAUGAGCUUUUUGCUAAAGCUUCUCAGGUGUUCUCUGAAAUGAGAUUCUAUGGGAUGGUGCCUUCUCAAAAUAUCUUCCACUGUAUGGUGCCUAUAUACUGCAAAAUGGGCUUUCCUGAGACGGCUCAUUGUGUGCUCAACCAGGCAGAAGAGAGAGGAAUUUCAGUUGACAAUAUUUCCUUGUAUGUUCUUCUUAUUGAGGCAUAUGGGAAAUUGAAGCUGUGGGAGAAAGCAGAGGGCUUGGCGAGUAAUAUUAGACAGAGAUACAUGGCUGUGGAUCGGAAGAUUUGGACUGCAUUAAUGCAUGCUUAUGCUACAAGUGGUUGCUAUGAGCGAGCAAGAGCUGUUUUUAAUACAAUGAUGAGAGAUGGUCCUUACCCAACAGUGGAUUCCAUUAAUAGUCUCUUGCAAGCUUUGAUUAAUGAUGGAAGAUUAGAUGAGCUCUAUGUGGUAGUCCAGGAGUUGCAAGAUAUGGGUUUUAAGAUGAGUAAAAGUUCCAUUCUUUUGAUGCUUGAUGCAUUUGCACAAGCAGGUAACAUUUUUGAGGUGAAGAAAAUAUACCAUGGAAUGAAAGCUGCUGGUUAUAUUCCAACCAUGCACCUUUAUAAGGUUAUGAUUGCAUUAUUAUCCAGGGGAAAACGAGUGAGAGAUGUUGAAGCCAUGGUUGCUGAGAUGGAAGAGAUGGGUUUUAAGCCUGAUCUUUCAGUGUGGAAUACCAUGCUUAAGCUGUAUACAGGGAUUGAAGAUUUUAAAAAGUCAGCUCAAAUCUACCAGCGGAUUCAAAAAGAUGGACUUACACCAGAUGAAGACACUUACAAUACUCUAAUUGUCAUGUGCUGCAGGGAUCGUAGACCAGAAGAGGGUUUGUCUUUGAUGCAUGAAAUGAGGAGGCUGGGUCUGGACCCUAAGUUGGACACCUACAAAAGUUUGAUUUCAGCUUGUGGCAAGCAGCAGCUAUGGGAAGAAGCAGAGGAACUUUUCAGUGAGUUGCAAUUAAAUGGCUGCAAAUUGGAUCGUUCUUUUUAUCAUAUAAUGAUGAAAAUAUUUAGGAGUUCUGGAAACCAUUCCAAAGCUGAAAAUCUACUUGUAACAAUGAAAGAGAGGGGAGUGGAACCCACCAUUGCGACAAUGCACCUGCUUAUGGUUUCUUAUGGCACAUCUGGACAGCCUCAGGAAGCUGAAAAGGUUCUUUAUAGUUUGAAAGAAACAGGUUCAAAUAUUAGUACACUACCUUAUAGUUCGGUCAUUGAUGCCUAUCUCAAGAAUGGGGAUUAUAAUGUUGGAAUUCAAAAGCUCUUGGAGAUGCAAAAAGAUGGUCUGGACCCUGACCACAGAAUAUGGACAUGUUUUAUAAGGGCCGCAAGUUUGUCCGAGCGCACUAGUGAAGCCUUAAUCCUCUUAAGUGCUCUCCGAGAUGCUGGCUUUGAUCUUCCACUCAGGCUUCUGAUGGAAAAGUCUGACUCAAUAAUUUUAAAGGUGGACCAAUAUAUGGAGAAACUUGAAUCCGUGAAAGACGAUGCGGCCUUUAACUUUGUCAAUGCUUUGGAGGAUUUGUUGUGGGCAUUUGAACUCCGGUCCACUGCUUCUUGGGUUUUCCAACUGGCAAUCAAGAGGAACAUAUAUCGUCGUGGUGUUUUCAGGGUGGCUGACAAAGACUGGGGAGCUGAUUUUAGAAAGCUAUCUGCUGGUGCAGCUCUAGUUGGUCUUACUUUAUGGCUCGAUCAUAUGCAGGAUGCAUCAUUGCAAGGUUUUCCAGAGUCUCCAAAAUCAGUUGUUCUGAUAACAGGUACUGCUGAAUAUAACAUGGUUUCCCUAAAUAGAACGCUGAAAUCUUGCCUUUGGGAGAUGGCAUCCCCAUUUUUUCCUUGUAAAACACGGAGUGGACUCCUUGUUGCAAAAGCACACUCCCUGAGGAUGUGGUUGAAGGACUCCCCAUUUUGCUUAGACCUUGAGCUGAAAAAUGCUCCAUCUCUUCCUGAGUUAAACUCAAUGCAGCUCAUUGAUGGAUGUUUCAUGAGACGUUGCCUUGUUCCAGCAUUCAAGGACAUAACUGAAAGACUUGGUCCUGUAAGGCCUAAAAAAUUUGCAAGAUUGGCACUGCUAUCUAAUGAGAGAAGGGACAAAGCUAUUCGGGCUGAUAUUGAGGGGGCAAAAGAAAAGUUGGAGAAGAUGAACAGAAUGGUGUGUCUGACAAGGGGGAAGAUCAAGAAAAAGAAGAGGAUGCUGCGAAGAAGAAAAUUCAUUCGAACAGUUCUCAGACCUUGAAUAUAUAAGAUUUGGAAAUCCAGCCUGAAGAUAGAGACACCAAUGAAAGGAUGCUGUCACUGUCUUAUAGUUGGAGUUCAUUUCUUUCCAUUUCUUUUGUAACUCCAUGAAACAAGACGUAUAAUGUUAGGAAUUCUUAUUUAUAAUCUAAUUAUAUAUUCAAAUAAUUCAAUGACAGAUUCAAAAAAAAUUUCUUUCUUGCCACUCCUAAUGAACCCAUACUGGACCUUAAUUAUUCUUGGCCUGU